AUGGCGUCAUCAUUUCGAAUGGUACAGCACAUUGUCAAUGGCUGUCACACUCGGGAUCACAGAGCAGCGACUGCCAAUGGCGACGACGACACGCCGAAGCUGUCGGUGAAGCAGUACAUCCCUUUAGACAACUCGACACCAAAGCCGGGAGAUCUCACGAUCAUCGCAGCUCAUGCAAAUGGAUUUCCCAAAGAAAUGUAUGAGCCACUCUGGGAUGACAUUUACCAAUGUGCCUCCCAAACUGGUAUACGCAUUCGAUCAAUCUGGAUCGCAGAUAUGUGGAACCAGGGCCAAUCUGGCGCCUUGAAUGAGAAGAUACUCGGGAAUGACCCGAGUUGGUCCGAUAAUGCAAGAGAUAUAAUGAACUUGAUUAACCAGAAGCAAGACUCAAUGCCUCAUCCUAUCGUUGGAAUAGGUCACACCCAUCCACGGCUUCUGAGGUCCCUUGUCCUUCUUGACCCCGUCAUCCAGAUUCCAAACGGUAGCAUUCCGCCGGCAAUCUCAUCCACUGCCCGCCGUGAUAUUUGGCCGUCGAGAGAAGCGGCCGCAGCGCGAUUCCGAGGGAGCAAGUUUUUCCAGGCAUGGGAUCCCCGUGUUCUGGACCGCUGGAUUGAGCAUGGUCUUCGACAGGUGCCAACAGAGCUUCACCCCGCUCAAGGCACCGAGAAAGACGAACGUGUCACGCUCACAACUUCAAAGCAUCAAGAAUUAUUCACCUUUCUCAGACCUACAGACCGCGAGGUUCCCGGUGAAGAAUACUUAGAUAAGGACCCAGUUGCAGACGAAGAGUAUCCCGGGUAUCCCUUCUAUCGCCCUGAACCGCUCCAGGUCUUUCGUCGCUUACCGGACCUCCGUCCCAGCGUGCUCUAUAUCUUUGGGGAGACUUCAGAGCUAUCGCCGCUGGAACAGCGCGAGGCUAAGAUGGCGAGAACCGGUACUGGAGUUGGUGGCAGUGGCGGUGCUGCUGCUGGCCGAGUCAAACAGAUUGUUCUUGACUGCGGUCAUCUGGUUGCUAUGGAAAGAGUUACUGAGUGUGCCGAUGCCAUCAUCGGAUUUCUUGGAAGUGAGCUUGAGAGGUGGCAGCAAGAAAAAGAAGAGUUCGAGAAGUACUGGAAGAAGAAAUCGAGAAAGGAGCAGAUUACGAUUGAUGAGAACUGGGCUAAUAAGGUAAACCCAAAUGCUACGCGAGCUGGGAGGACCAAGCUUUGA